AUGUGCGCAGGAUGUGCGCAGGAUGUGCGCAGGGACGCAGCUGGGUGUGCGCGGGGAUGUGCGCAGGAUGUGCGCGGGAUGUGCGCGGGGAUGCAGCGGGGUGAGCGCGGGGAUGCAGCGCGCUGUGAGCGCGGGUGCGGCGGGGAUGCGGCGGGAUGUGCGCGGGGGUGCGGCGGGACGAGCGCGGAGAUCCAGCGCGACGUGCGCGGGAUGUGCGCGGGGAUGCAGCGCGACGUGCGCGGGAUGUGCGCGGGGAUGCAGCGCGACGUGCACGGGAUGAGCCCGCAGAUCCAGCGCGACGUGCGCGCCAUGUGCGCGGGGAUAGAGCGGGACGUGCGCAGGAUGUGCGCGGACUGCGCUCGGGCCGUGCCCGGCCCCGCUCCCCCCGCUCCCCGGCCCCGGUACUCGCCUGGCGCAGCAUCCCCGGCCCGGGAUCGCUCCCGAGGGGCCGCGGGGAGCUGGGGCCGAGCGGGGCCGGCGGAGGCGGCCGAGCCCCCCGGUCCCCCCUGGAUCCCUCGCAGAGGCGGCGGCCGCGGGGCCAAGGUCACCCCGCAGCGUCUCCAAUUCCCAGGAGGCAGCGAAAUGCCGGGAAAAGGCCCGGGGGGAGCGGGGCAGGAGUGA